AGUGUCAGACGCCGACGACCCAACCAAACCGAACUCAAUUGUUUGGUCGACUUUUCUCUGGUCGCAGACACACCAGUCUCCACCUCUCUUUAUAUUUCUCUUUCUCUACUCUCUCUCUCUCUCUAUCUCUCUCUUCCUCUCUCUCUCUCAUUGAUUGAGUUACAGAAUUUCAGGGUUGAGAAGUAGAGAAUGUCAGGUGGGGGUACUCAAAAUAGCUUGAGAAAAGCACUUGGAGCCAUCAAGGACACCACCACAGUGUCAUUGGCUAAAGUCAACAGUGAUUACAAGGAAUUGGACAUUGCUAUUGUUAAAGCCACGAAUCAUGUUGAGAGCCCAGCAAAAGAAAGACACAUUAGAGCUAUUUUCUCUGCUAUUUCAGCUACAAGACCUAGGGCGGAUGUUGCUUACUGCAUCCAUGCUCUUGCUAGGCGGUUAGCAAAGACACAUAAUUGGGCGGUUGCAUUGAAAACUUUGAUUGUAAUUCAUCGUGCUUUGAGGGAAGUUGACCCCACAUUUCAUGAAGAACUCAUUAAUUAUGGAAGAAGCAGAAGCCAUAUGCUUAACAUGGCUCAUUUCAAAGAUGAUUCCAGUCCAAAUGCAUGGGAUUAUUCUGCUUGGGUCCGUACUUAUGCCUUAUAUUUGGAGGAGAGACUGGAGUGCUUUCGUGUAUUGAAGUAUGACGUUGAGACAGAUCGCCCUAGAACGAAAGAUCUGGACGCUGCUGAACUGCUUGAACAUUUGCCAUCUUUGCAACAGCUACUUUACCGUGUGCUUGGUUGCCAGCCACAAGGGGCAGCAAUUCACAACUUUGUGAUUCAGUUAGCACUGUCAUUGGUUGCUAUAGAAAGCAUUAAAAUUUACCAAGCUAUAAGUGAUGGUACUGUCAAUUUGGUUGAUAAGUUCUUUGAGAUGCAACGCCCUGAUGCUUUGAGGGCUUUGGAUAUAUACAGAAGGGCUGGGCAGCAGGCUGAGCGACUAUCAGAAUUCUAUGAAAUAUGUAAAAAUCUUGAUAUUGGACGUGGAGAGAGGUUUAUUAAGAUUGAGCAGCCCCCUGCAUCUUUUCUACAAGCCAUGGAAGAGUAUGUGAGAGAAGCUCCACGGGGUUCAUCAUUUGUCAAGGAUCAAGUGGUUAACAAUAAAAUAGCUUCCCCCAAUGUAGUCUUGGCCAUAGAAGAUAAGAAGUCCCCAGAGGUGCAGGAGGCACGUCCUGAAUCGCCUCCUCCACCUCCAGCUGAACCAGUCAAAAAAGAAGAUGCUGUAACCGAACCACCUGAUUUGUUGGGUAUGAAUGAUCCGACUCCUGAAGCUGCAGAACUAGAUGAGAAGAACGCUAUGGCUUUGGCUAUUGUUCCAGUUGAUAUUCAUCCAACAUCUACUGCUCCAAUUCAAGCUAAUGGAACUACAGGCUGGGAGUUGGCGCUUGUUACAGCUCCAAGCUCAAAUGAGACUGCUGCGGCUGCCAGUAAACUGGCGGGAGGAUUAGACAAGCUUACACUAGACAGCCUUUACGACGAUGCAAUCAGAAGAAGCAACCAGAAUGUAAGCUACAACCCUUGGGAGCCAGUCCCAAUGGCUGGUGUCAUGAUGCAUCCAACAGCACAAGAUCCGUUUUAUUCCUCAAACACAGUGGCUGCACCACAUAAUGUACAAAUGGCAGCAAUGGCCAACCAGCAACAGGCUUUCAUGUUGCAGCAGCAGCAGCAGAUGAUGAUGAUGGGUCCACAACAACCACCGGCUUCAAAUCCUUUCGGAGCUCCUUAUGGAGCCACUGUCCACCCGUAUGGCUCAGGUAUGCCUGUUCAAGCGUACAAUCCAUAUACAGGCCUUAUCUAGAUCAUUUGUCCAGAGAAACACAUUCUUUAUCAGGAAACAUGUGGAGAUUAGUCGGUUCUAUAAAUAUUGAGAGUGCAAAAUAUGAAGAUUAGAUAGAUGUGUACCAUAUGUUGUGUAUGUGCAGUAGUUAGCUAGGGUGAGAUUCUUUGUUUAAUAAUUAGAGGGGAGAGGGCUUUGGAUCAUUUGAUUAUUCUAUGGACAAGAAGGUUGGUAAUAAUGUUUUCCUGACUACUUUGGAUUUUGGAAUUUUUUGAACCUGCUCUAUUGUUCAUGCCUAAGCAGGAAAUUUAUUCUUGUUAAUUUCUGAUAUUCCUCUCUUCCGCCCUCUUUUUUUGGUCUUUUAUUAUUUAUUUUUAUAGAUUAUAGGAAUGAUUUGUAAACUAUGGCUGUUGAUACUACAUUCAUGUAAUGAAUAGGCAUUUCAAUUUGUGGCU